AUGAAGCUUGACACCGCCCAUAUGAGGUACUUAACCUCCGACGACUGGAAGGUGCUCCAGGCUGUCGAAAUCGGGACCAGAAACCACGAGUUGGUCCCCACCGAAAUGAUCCACUCUCUUGGAGGAAUGAAGUCCACCACAGGAACAAACCGACUGAUUGGUGAUUUGGCCAAGUUCAAGCUCUUGGCCAGACUCAGAAACAGCAAGUAUGACGGGUUCCGUUUGACCUACAACGGAAUCGAUUUCUUGGCCUUGAAAUCAAUGUUGAACAGAGACUCCUUAUACUCGGUGGGUACCAUGAUCGGCGUGGGUAAAGAAUCAGAUAUCUAUUCCGUCAGCGACUCCAAAGGUGUGCAGAAGGUCAUGAAGAUACAUCGUCUAGGUAGAACAUCUUUCAAGACAGUCAAGAACAAUAGAGACUACUUGAAGAGACAACAAGGUGGUAACUGGAUGUACUUGUCCAGGCUAGCAGCUCAGAAAGAGUACGAGUUCAUGGUGAUCUUGUACAACAACGGAUUUAAUGUCCCCGUUCCUUACGACUACUCCCGUCACUGUGUGUUGAUGGAGUGGAUCAGAGGAAUUCCAAUGAAGCAUUUGCGCAAACACGAUAACCACAAAAAGCUUUACUCUGAGCUUAUGAACUUCAUUGUCAAGUUGGCCAACCAUGGUUUAAUCCAUUGUGAUUUCAACGAGUUUAAUAUUAUCAUCCGUGACAAGGAAGAUGCCAAAAAACACACGUAUGAUUUCGUUGUCAUUGAUUUCCCUCAGUGUGUCUCCAUUGAUCACCAGGAUGCUGAAGAAUAUUUCAAUAGAGAUGUCGAGGGUAUAAGGGCUUUCUUCGAAAAGAAGUUCAGAUAUACCCCAGAAAGCGACCCGACUAUGUUUGAUACUGAGGGUUACGGAGAGGGUUACAAGUAUGCCUACCCUUCAUUCAAGAGGGACGUGGAAAGAACUGCCAACUUGGAUGUUGAAGUUAAAGCUUCCGGAUAUGCCAAGAAGAGAACUGGUGAAGAUAGUGACUUGGAAAAGGCUGUCCAGAAUAUGAGACUCCACGACGAUGAAGAUGACGAGGAAGAAGAUGACGAAGAAGAGUACGAUGAGGAAGAGGAAGAUGACGAUGAUUAUGACCUUGAGGAAGAAGAAGAGGAUGAGGAGGAUGAGGGUGAACUUCAAGAGAAAAACGAGCAAAUAAUCAAGGCAUUAUCGGAAGGAAAGUCCUUGAAAAUGGAUAAACUAGGUAACUAUAUUCUUGAGUGA